AUGAGCCGGAGGAAGAAUGGGCCAUCCAUCUCGGCACAGAGGCUGAGACGCCUGGGGGCCCCCCUAACUGUACCCCUUCCAGCCAGAGAAUUCUACGAGUUCAGAGAGGGCUGCGGGCGGGGCGGAGGGCCGCCGGGCGCUGACUCCGGGGCCCGGCCCCACCCCCGAUCCGGCUCCUACGGCUCGGAGCCUGCAGCCGCCGCCGCCUCCGCUGUCAACAAACCCCAGGCGCGUCACUUCCGGGACCGCCCCUUAGCAACAGCGAACGGGUUCCCCGGACCGGUUCCCACGGCGAACGCGGGCGGCGGCUGCCGAAGGUUCCGGGGCCCCGCGUCGCCUGCUCUCCCGACACCGGCCGGGGACCGGCUCGGUGACACCGGCUUCCGGCGGCGCUCUGACCUGAGGUUCCCCGGAGGCCGGGAAUAG